CUUGUAGAUGUUUGAUUUAAUGCUUUAGUUUUUUUUUUUUUUUUCUACAUUCUAUAUAUUUUUCUCAUGAUGCAGAAGGUAUGCCACUGUAACCUCUGUUUAUCCUCUUGGCAUUAUUGUUCAUUUAAUGUAAUGUUUGCUUAAGCAUUGACUAAAAAACAAAAAAAAAGUCUGACGCUGUGACGAAGUCAGCCUGAGUUUCCCGUGACCUUCCCGGCGCCGCCGGGCACCUUGUCCUCUCUCUUUCACAGGCGAACUUCUCCUGGACGCGGCAGGACCCAAACACGGCUGGAGGUGAAGCUUCGGCCUCGAGCGGAGCUUUAGCAACUUUCAUGUUGACACAUCUGCGUUCACAACCGAAUAGAAUUGAUGUUGUCAAAUGACAGCAGCCGACAUGACGGAGGGGAUGGAGGCCGCGGAAGCUGGCAGGAAGAGCGGACACACGUCGCUGCUGGACAGCGGAGAAGACUUCGAGGUGGUGGAUGAAGAGGAUUUGGAUGACGAGCCUCCUCCUCUGGAGGAUGCAGGAGGUGGGCCGGAGAGGAGCUCGUCUGAGGCGGGGAGGAAGACUCCAGAUGAGGAGGCUCCGCUGGAGGAAUGGCUGGAUGUGCUGGGAAACGGCCAGCUGAAGAAGAAGGUCACGGCGUCCGGGAGAGGACGCGCCAGCCGGCCUGUGAAGGGUCAGAAUGUACGGAUUGACCUGAAAACCAGCCUGAUGGACGGGACUGUGGUGGAGGAGCAGCCCGACUUCUCCUUCACUCUGGGAGACGGUGAUGUCAUCCAGGCUCUGGAUCUGACGGUGCAGCUGAUGGAGAUGGGAGAGAAGGCCGAGAUCCAGGCAGACGCCAAAUACGCUUAUGGUGACAGAGGAAGUCUUGAACCCGCUGUUCCUCCAAAUGCAACGCUGUCCUUGGAGGUGGAGCUCCUUGAGGCCACCGAUGCUCCAGAUGUGGAGCUACUGCCCCCCGCAGAGAAGAUUGCCCUCGCCAGUCGUAAACGAGAGAGGGGCAACGCCCAUUACCAGCGUGGAGACUAUGCGUUUGCAGUCAACUCCUACAGCAUCGCCCUGCAGAUCGCAGAGUCCAGCUCCAAAGUGGACAUCCGUCCUGAGGAGGAGGACGAGCUGCUGGACGUGAAGGUCAAGUGUCUGAACAACAUGGCGGCGUCUCAGCUGAAGCUGGACCACUACGAAGCGGCGCUGAAGUCUUGCGUCUCGGCUCUGCAGCAUCAGCCAGACAACAUUAAGGCGCUGUUCCGCAUGGGGAAGGUUCUCUCUUUGAAAGGUGAAUACACUGAAGCCAUCCAGACGCUGAGGAGAGCGCUGAAGCUGGAUCCCAGCAACAAGACCAUCCAUGCGGAGCUUUCCAAACUGGUGAAGAAGCACUCGGAGCAGAAAGGGGCGGAGCAAGCCAUGUACAAGAAGAUGCUGGGAAACCCCUCCUCCAGCGGCUCCACGCCGAGGCCAGCGGCCAAGUCUUCCUGGGCUCUCAGCUGGAAGUGGCUCUUUGGGGCCACCGCCAUGGCCAUCGGCGGCGUGGCGCUGUCCGUGGUCAUAGCAGCCAGAAACUGAGGUCCCUCCGUGGUCGGGGAGGGACGACACCAAGCCGUGAGGGAGGAUGAAACUGGGCGGAGCUUCUGGUGGGAGAUUGCCGCUUUUCUCCGCUGUCAUGACGUGCAGCCGGAGGGAUGUAGUUCUGGAGGUUGUGGACGUCGCCGUGGUUUCUGCUGGCGCUCCUGACCUAAACGGCGCUCUAGAGACGUUCUGCAGACGAUCCCAGACCAGCCGCUGAGCUGUGAGACGUUCAUUAGCCUCUACACUAUUUAUGUACCAGAGGAGAGUUUAUGAUUCCAUUGGAGGGCUGGGGUCAUGUGACCUUUCUACUGACGCUAAUCCUGCAUGCACUGGUGACCAAUACAAAUAUACCCAUCCACAGCGGUGCAGGACUGGUACUGGGAUGGAACUCAGUACCAGCUGUGGAGUAGAGUCCAUCACCUCGGGGGUUUGAUUCUGACAAUUCUGGGUUUGAUGAGACCAAAUGUUGAAAGUAGAAACUUUAGUUUGUUUGUGGAAUAAAUGAAAAGUUUUGUUUUCCGUGGAUGUUUCAUUCAUGAUUUUAAAAUGCAAAUAAAGAAACAAAAGUUUAA